AUGGAGGAUUCUUUCUUUGACGUGAUGGAGUUUCUGAAGAAACCCUCGAUAACGGAGACAUUCGUCGACAUUUUGCUAUGCGCGGUUCCGAUUUGGUUGGCCGUCAUGAUCGGCCUGGUGAUCGGCUGGUCCUGGCGACCGCGCUGGACCGGGCUCGUCUUCCUCGGCCUCCGCAGCAAGUUCCGAUUCCUCUGGACGGCACCGCCGGGGUUCGGCGCUCGCCGAUUCUGGUUCGCCUUCACCGCUGUCUCUGCCUUCUCCAUUUGCCGCACCUAUUGGUCCAAUUUCAAAGGCAAGGCCAAGGCCAGUGCCCAAGAUCCCUCGCCUUCGCAAUCCGAUGUUGCCGACUCCAACGCCAUCGACCGUACUACUCGGUCCGAUGAAGGGGGUGAGCAGAGGGAGCAGGACAUUGUUACACAGGCUGAUUUGGAGCAUUUUCUUCAACUUCUUGAAGGGAAAGAUGGAGUGACGGACCGACAAUGUUUUAUGGAAAGGUCAACACCAAACAUGCAAUACAAAGCUUGGCGUCAUGAUCCUGAGACAGGUCCUACAGUUUACCGUAGUAGAACCGUCUUUGAAGAUGCAACUCCGGAGUUGGUGAGGGAUUUCUUCUGGGAUGAUGACUUCCGUCCUAAAUGGGAUCCUAUGCUUGCAUACUGCAAAGUAUUGGAGGAAUGUCCUCAUAAUGGGACAAUGAUUUCUCACUGGAUUAAAAAGUUCCCCUUCUUCUGUAGUGAUAGAGAAUAUAUUAUUGCUCGAAGAAUAUGGCAGGCUGGAAACACAUACUAUUGUGUCACUAAGGGAGUAUCCCAUCCAAGUUUGCCAAUACGGGAUAAGCCCAGACGUGUGGAGCUCUACUUUUCUAGUUGGGUAAUAAAACCUGUGGAAUCUCGUAAAGGAGAUGGUCAGCUGUCUGCAUGCGAGGUUACCCUGUUACAUUAUGAAGACAUGGGGAUUCCCAAAGAUGUUGCCAAGUUGGGAGUCCGCCAUGGAAUGUGGGGAGCUGUCAAGAAAUUGCACUCUGGAAUGAGAGCUUACCAGAAUGCAAGGAAAACAGAGUCUUCUUUAUCAAGAUGUGCAUUGAUGGCUUGUAAAACAACCAAGAUUUCUUCUGACAGAAACAUGCAAUUAUCAGAGCCUUCGGUUUCCAUGGAAGAUAGGACGCAAGUCAUGUGUAAUAUCGCACAAAAGGGUCAUGGCAUUGACUGGAAGUGGAUGGCUGUCGGUGGUACUGUUGCUCUGAUUUUGGGUCUUCAUGGUGGUGCUGUAGGGAGAGCAUUGUUAUUGGGAGCAGGGCACAGAAUUGCAAGAAGGUGA